AUGUUCAAGCAUACAGUUCUUGCAUUUAUACAUUGCUUAUGGGUGUCUGCUUGUAUUGCAUCGCCACAAAAUGAAUCACAGCCGAUCUCAAGUGAGUUAUUCAGCUCCCUCGAGGAGCUGUCUAGACUAGUAGACAUCGCAUACUGUGUGGGGACCACCGGCGUCCAAGAGCCAUUCCAGUGCCUCAGCCACUGUGCUGAAUUCCCAGGCCUACAGCUACUUACUACUUGGAACACUGGCAUUCUUUUAUCCGACUCAUGUGGGUACAUGGCAGUCUCCCACACCCCGGGGGCAGAGCGUAUAAUCUUAGCCUUUCGGGGAACCUACUCAAUCACCAACACUAUCAUCGAUCUCUCGGCAUACCCUCAGGCUUAUGUACCUUACACAGGUGGCGACAUGGACGACGAACCCGAGGAUGGAUCCGGAACCCCGCUUCAGGGUCAGAAGUGCGAGAACUGUACUGUACAUGCUGGAUUCAUGACAUCGUGGUUGAACACUCGCUCUACAGUGGUACCACAACUCAUAGCUGCUCGUGAGCAAUACCCAAAUUACGAGAUAACCCUAGUCGGGCAUUCCCUUGGAGGAGCUGUGGCCGCUUUGGCAGGGUUAGAGAUGAACAUAAAGGGCUGGAACCCAUCUGUUACGACAUUCGGGGAGCCGAUGGUUGGUAAUCAAGAGUUUGUGGAGUUCCUUGACAAGCGGUUCCAAAUGGGAAAUUAUCACACUCCGAGUAGUGACCGGGUGACCCGAUCAUUCCGUCGAGUGACACACAUUAAUGACCCCGUCCCCCUCCUCCCGCUCCAAGAAUGGGGCUACUUUGCCCACGCCGGUGAAAUCUUCAUUUCAAACCCGGAUCUGCCACCGUCUAUUGAAGAUCUUCAAAUAUGCCAAGGGAAUCAAGAUCCCAGAUGCAUCGCUGGCUCAGACAACCCUGCCCUUCUUUUGGAUAUGUAUCAGGAUGCGAACAUCCCUCUCGAUGUUUUUAGCACCCGCUUGGAUCCGUGUCCCUCACGUAAGGGACAGCAAGGUACGGACUCGGGACACCAAGUUCUUCUAGGAGGACAGGAAGAUCGAACUGGAUCAGCGGACUGUGCCGCUCAUGCUGCGACAGCUCCACUCUACCCUCUUCGGUGGGACUGGUCUCUUAUACCAGCUCGAUAUCGUCUCUGGGAGCUCUUCUAUGCACAUCGAGACUAUUUCUGGCGCAUUGGAUUAUGUGUCCCAGGGGGAGAUCCGACCGGGUAG